CAAACGGGCACCAAACAAAAACACUGGCCGCCCAAGGCCUCCCACACAGUCGACCAGAGAAUCACGCCGCACACCUCCGCAGCCUGGUGGGACCUGGACUGGCUCACACCUGACCCCCAGAAAACACAGGUACAGGGGACAGAGGAGAUGGGCAAAAAAUCCCACAAAUCACAGGCAUCAACUCCCCAAGAUAUGCAAGACAUAGGCAUGCUGCUCCAACGCACGCAGAAACACAAGGAGCUGGAGCAGACCGAGACAAAGGCCUGUGCCCACCAGAGGAAGGAAGGGGGGGAGUGA